AUGAAAGACCCCAGAGAAAAAAACGAAGAUCUAGAAGGGAUUUUCGAUGAGGUGAAGGAAGUGGAUGAAAAAUUAUACUGUUAGAUAAAUGAAAUGUUGAUAAAAGAAAAUAUUUAAGACUGGAUGAGAUUUAUUUCAGAUGAUGAAAAUCAAAGACAUUUAGAAGAGAACAUUUAACAAGGAAAAAAUUCAACAAAAGAAGAAAGAUAAUAGAGAUAAGGAACUUUAAGAAAGAACAUAAGACAGAUUAUAAAUGUCAUUCAAAAAAUUAAAGAUCACGACUUUAAUAAAUAAGAUUAUUCUGGUGUAGUAUAUUUUGAACCGAGACAGAAUCUAAUAAAAAGAAUUAAAUAUUAAAAGGAGAUAAUUGGGUUUCUGAAAUUCUUAGUUCACCUUACAGCCUAAGAUGAUAAUUUAAUUUAAUGUGGAUCAAACUCAUUAAAUUUAUUAAACUUGCUAAAGGUGGACUUAAAAAAUUCAAAUUUUGAAAAAAUCAGGAUUUAGAAUACUUCUUUAGUGGGAGCUAAUUUUGUAAGAUGCAACUUAAGUGGAUCAUAAUUUGAUAAUGUUAACAUAAGUGGUAUAAAUUUGAAUGGAGCUUUGCUGUUAAAUUGUAAAUGGAUCAACUUAAAAAUACAUGAGCUUAAUAAAUUAGAUGGUCAUACUCAUAGUAUAUAAUCAGUAUGUUUCUCUUCUGAUGGAAAAACAUUAGCAUCUGGUAGUUUUGAUAAAUCUAUCCGUUUAUGGGAUGUGAAGACAGGAUAAUUAAAAGCUAAAUUGGAUGGUCAUACUCAUAGUGUAAAUUCAGUAUGCUACUCUCCUGAUGGAACUACCUUAGCAUCUGGUAGUAAUGAUAAAUCUAUUCGUUUAUGGGAUGUCAAGACAAGAAAAAUAAAAGCAAAUUUAGAUAACCUUAGCGGACCUGUCUACUCAGUAUGUUUCUCUCCUGAUGGUACUACAUUAGCAUCUGGCUGUGGAGAUUCAUCUAUUCGUUUAUGGAAUGUUAAGACAGGAUAAUAAAAGGCCAAGUUGAAUGGUCAUCGUGAAAAUGUAUGGUCAGUAUGUUUCUCUCCUGAUGGAACUACAUUAGCAUCUGGCUGUGGAGAUUCAUCUAUUCGUUUAUGGAAUGUUAAGGCAGGAUAAUAAAAGGCCAAGGUGAAUGGUCAUACUGAUCAUGUACUAUCAUUAUGCUUCUCUCCUGAUGGAACUACUUUAGCAUCUGGUAGUAGAGAUUAUUCUAUUCGUUUAUGGGAUGUUAAGACAAGAUAAUAAAAGGCCAUGUUGGUUGGUCAUAGUACUUAUGUGAAUUAAGUAAGUUUCUCUCCCGAUGGUACUACAUUAGCAUCUGGUAGUGGAGAUCAUUCUAUUCGUUUAUGGAAUGUUAAGACAGGACAAUAAAAGGCCAAGUUGGAUGGCCAUAGUGAAAAUAUAUGGUCAGUAUGCUUCUCUCCUGAUGGUACUAUAUUAGCAUCUGGUAGUUAUGAUAAAUUUAUUCGUUUAUGGGAUGUUAAAACAGAAUAAUAAUAGGUCAAUUAGGAUGGUCAUACUAAUCAUGUUCUAUCAGUGUGCUUUUCUCCAGAUAGUACUACAUUAGCAUCUGGGGGUCAUGAUUAAUGUAUCCGUUUAUGGGAUGUUAAGACAGGAUAAUAAUAGAUGAAAUUGGAUGGUCAUAGUGGUGUAAUCUAUUCAUUAUGCUACUCUCAUGAUGGCGCUACAUUAGCAUCUAGUAGUGAUGAUACUUCUAUCCGUUUAUGGGAUGCUAAGACAGGAUAAUAAAAGGCCAAAUUAACUGGCCAUAGUAAUUCUGUUUUAUCAGUGUGUUUCUCUCCUGAUGGAACUACAUUAGCAUCUAGUAGUAAUGAUACUUCUAUCCGUUUAUGGGAUGCUAAGACAGGAUAAUAAAAGGCCAAAUUAACUGGCCAUAGUAAUUCUGUUAAAUCAGUGUGUUUCUCUCCUGAUGGAACUACAUUAGCAUCGGGUAGUAAUGAUAAAUCUAUCCGUUUAUGGGAUGUUAAGACAGGAUAAUAAAAGGCAAAAUUGGAAGGUUAUCGUAGAUUCGUUCUAUCUCUGUGCUUCUCUCCUGAUAGUACUACAUUAGCAUAUGGUUGUGAUGAUUAAUCUGUCCGUUUAAAGGAUGUUAAGACAGGAUAUCAAAUAUGCAAAUUGGAUGGUCAUAGUGGAUCUGUCUAAUCAGUAUGUUUCUCUCCUGAUGGAACUACAUUAGCAUCUGGUAGUUUUGAUCAAUCUAUCCGUUUAUGGGAUGUGAAGACAGGAUUGUAAAAGGCCAAACUAGAUGGUCAUAGUGCUUUUGUCUAUUCAGUUUGCUUCUCUUCUGAUGGUACUACUUUAGCAUCUGGUUCUUAUGAUAACUCUAUACGUUUAUGGGAUGUUCGGACGGAAUAAUAAGUUCAAUUCUCUGAAAAAAAUAUCAAAGAUCUUCUAUUAAAAUCUAAUAUCCCAUUAUUCUAAGAAAAACUCCUUUUAUGUAUUAAUUGCUUAUUAUAUCUUAGCCAUUACCAAUUAUACUAUUAUAUUAAUAUCAUAAUAAGCAGUAUUUUAAGCAAAAAGUGCUUUAAUUUCGGAAGGGGAAUUUAUAAACUAAUUUGGAAUUGAUUUAAAGACACUUUUUAAACAAAAAGGUAGUUACAUUUUAGGAAUUCAAUAUGAUUUAAAAUAAAAAUGA